AUGAAAUUAAGUGUUCUAUAUUUGGUGGUUUCGUUAUAUUUCUUUGACAGAAAAAUUGUUUGUAAUAAAAAAAAUGGAAAGAGUAAAAGUAAUAACCAUAAUUAUUUUAACAAUACUACUAAGCAUAUUGAUAAGCAGGUGAUAUAUAAUUUACCAGAAAAUGAUAAUUUAUUUCAUGUUCUUAAAUAUUUAAUACAUGGAGAAAAUAAAAAUAUUUUAUAUGAUGUCGAUGCAAGUUUAUAUACAAAGAUGGAGAACAAAGAAUAUAUUACUAAGGAAGAUUUAUUAAGAACAUUAGCAUUGAUAGAAAAAAAGAAUGUUGAUUGUAAUGAUAAUAUAAAAAAAGUAAAGAUAGCUAAAUUAUUAAUUGAUAUUAACGAUCUUUUAAGAACAAAUUAUAUAAUUCUUGAUGAUUACAAAGAAAUAAAUAAAAAUGAUUUGACAAAAAAUGGUUUUUUAUUAAAAUUACAAAAUUCUUUAAAUAAAAGGGACAUGGUGAAUUCUAAAAGAGUUAACCAAGAUAUUAUAUUAAGAAAUCAAUAUUUAGAAAAGAAUUAUAAAUUAUGUAGUAUAUCAAAUGAUAUGUUAAUUAUAAGUACCCCUAGAAAUUUAAAUAUAUCUGAUACAAGUAUAAAAGAAAUAAAAUAUCCAUCAUCUAUAAAUAUUAUGAAUGAAAUUUUUCGUGACAAUGUCAUAUCUUCGAAUGUAUCAAAUAUAUCACCUUUACAAUUAAACAAGUCUAUAGGUUUAUAUAAACCAUUACUUGAUUUGGAUAUAAAAAAUAGAAUUGAUGAAUAUAGAAAAAAAGUAGUAACUUAUUAUCAGGAUUCAAACAAUGAAAUGUUUUAUUUAAUAAGAGAUGAAUUUAAUGAAAUAAAAAAAAAAUUUUACUUAUAUAUUCAUCCUAGUAAAAUGCCAGAAGCAAAGCCUAACAAUGAUAUUUUUAAAAAAGAGGAUAUGGAAGGAAAUGAAAUUAUUACCUACGUAUCAAACAAAAUUGAAAAUAAGGAAAAUAUAAAAAAUAAAGAAGAAUAUAUAUUAAAGAGUAACAACAAUAAUGUUAUAAAAAUUUCUUCGAAAAGAACUAAAAAGGUUAUUAAUAUACCUAUAAAAAAAAAAAAAUUGUCCAAUGAUAUAAAGGAAAAUGUGAAUUCAUCAACAAAAAGUGAUAAUAAUAUUAUUUCUAAUGAAACAGUUAAUCCAUGUACAAAAAUAGAAAGUGAAAAUGGGAAUAAAAAAAGAAAUGACAAUGUGAAGAAUAUAAAUCGUAUAUAUCAUAUCUUUUUAAAAAAAAAAAAUAAUGAAAAAAAAUGUGAUAUUUCUAAGCAAACGCUUUAUAAUAAUAGUUUUAAAGAAAAUGAUGUAAUAAAAACAUUUACACAUAAUGACAAUAUUUUAAAAAAAAUUAUUAUUAUUAAAGACAGUUCAAGAGAAAAACCAACAAUUAAAGAAAUUAUACAUCCACAACCUCUUCCUGUAGAGAAUUCAGCAUUAUAUAACAUAUCUGAGCAUAUUCAAAAUAAAUGUAAUUGUUGUUUUUAUUCUAUACCGUUAAUUCAUAUAUAUCAUCCUAAUGGUAGUAUGCAUUGUUUAUCUUGUUCUCAGUAUGAAAAAAACGUAAAUAGAAAAUGUCCUAUAUAUGAGAAGUAUAUCACCUUUAAUUAUAACGACACAUGUAUUUUAUGUGUCCCCUCUAGUUAUAUAACUAAUAAUUGUUUCUGUAAUUUAAUACAUUCAAAAGGAUUAGGGGAAAAAACAAAUGAUGUGCCUAAGAAAUUAAACAUGGUACCACAUUUUAGUAGUAUUAUAGAUGUAUAUGGAAAUAAAAAUAUUGAUGGUUAUAAUAAUUUUGAGAACGAUAAUGAUCUGUUAGUUUACUCAAAUAAUGAUGAACCUAUUUUAAAGAAGAAUCAUAAAGAAAGACCUAAUAAAAAACGUUCCAAUAGGUAUAAAUUAAAAUGUCCCGUGGGUAAUGAGUCUAGUGGUAUAUUUUCGGGACAAUCGAUUUCUAUUUUCCCUGUUAUAGGGGAUGAUAUAAAUAGAGGUCAUUAUGAAAAUUGUCCAUAUUAUGAUGAAGAGGAUGUAAUGUGUUAUAAUACAAUUAAUAAUAAGAAGAUAAAUAUAAAUAAUGAAGAUGAUAAUUAUGAAAAAAUUUUAUAUGAUAAAGACAAAAUAGUUUAUUUAAACAGUAGUUCAUUUGAUACUAUUAAUAUUAAAAUAGGAGGUGAAGAUUUGAAUAUGAAUGAUAGAAAUGAAGAAAAUGAUUUAUUAGAUAAGGAAUCUAUAGAAUAUAUUAAUGAGAUAAAUGAAAAGGAAUAUUAUGAUUCGAUUGAGGCAUGUAAGGAUUAUCGUUAUCAUACAUUUGAAGAAUCUAUAAAAAAUGUUAAUAAUAGAGAAUGUUAUAAAAAUGUAUAUUAUAGUACAGUUCAUAAAAAUGAAGAUAAUAUAGAUAAAAAAUGUUCACAUGAUAUAGAAAGUCGAAAUAAAAGGGUAAAUGAAUAUGAAGAUGAAUGUGAAAAUGAUAAUAAUAAUAAUAAUAAUAAUAAUGAUGAUGAUGAUGAAGAAAAAAAUUAUUUUCUUUUUGAUCUCAGAUUUAUUUACAAAACUGGAUUUUUUACUAAAAGAAAAACAAUUAUUAAUUCUUAUUUAAAAACUAACAAAAUUGAUAUUACAUACAAUAAAGAGAAGAUACUUUAUUUAUUUAAAAACUUGUUUGAAAAAACAUUCAAAGAUAUAAAUUAUCAAAUUAAAGAAUCAUUAGUUCACAUGUUUCCAAUUGUACAAAAUUCCGAAAUACAAGGAUUUGAUAUAGAUUUUGGUAAGGUUAAAUUACAUUAUGCUACAUCAAUUAAUAUGUUUAAAUAUUCUGUUUUUGAUCUUAUUAAUAUGAAAAUUUAUUUUAUCAGCCCAGAUAAAACAUAUAUACUUCUGGAAGAUAUUAUCAGGGAAAUAAGGGAAGAAAAAGAAAAUUCGAAUAAUGAUGGAUCACGACGAAAAAACAAAAUCAUAAAUAAGUAUUCACAUGAAAUGGAUAUAACAAAUAUUGAGUGGAGUACUGAAAAUUGUAAAACGAAUACUACAAAUAGUGAAUCCAAAACAACAACGACAAGAGAAAAUACAAUUGUGAUAAAAGAAAAGAUUGGCACACAUGAUGAAAACAAAAAAUGUGACAACACAAACAACAACAGAAACAAUAAUAAUGAUAAUGAUAAUAAUAAUAAUGAUGAUAAUGAUAAUGAUAAUAAUAAUAACAAUAAUAAUAAUAAUAGUAAUAGUAAUAGUAAUAGUAAUAGUUGUAAUAAUAAUAACAAAAGAGAUAAUGAUUCUUUUGAACACGUAGAUAUACAAAAAAAUGAUACUAUUUCUACUAAUAUAGAUUGUAAUAUUAUACAUAAUAAUACUAUCGAUAGUAGUAAUAAUAACAGAAUUAAAUACAAUUUAAAUAUAUUAAAAUUUUUACUGAAAUAUAAAGAUCUGUUAUCCAAAGAAGACAUAAAUAUGAUCAGUGAUAAAAAUAAUCUUGUAACUAUUAAUAAAAAUGAUAAAACUAAUAUAGGUGAUGAGAUUAUCGAAAUAACUAUUCGAAAAAAUGAAAAAAGAAAUAUAGAAAACAAUUGCACUUAUACAAAUAAUUCCAUUAUAAAUAAUAUAGAUAAUAAUAUAUCUGAAUCUAUAAAUAUUAAUGGUGGUGAAGGAAUAAAUGCAGUCAUUGAAACUGUUGAUAAAUAUUUAGAUAAAUAUUUUAGCGUACAUAAUAUGCCAAUAUAUUAUAUGGAAAAUAUGAAAAUUUCUAAAAAUAUUAUAUAUGUUACAUCUGAUGUAAAUAGUGAUUUAGAUAUGCUUAAAAUGAGUAUAUUAGGAAUAUGUAAUAUAACUAAUAAAUCUAUUGAUAAUUUUAAUUUCUUUUUAGUACGAAAUGAAGCAGAAUUAUAUGAUCCUAACAAAUGUCAGAAAAUACCAGAACAUAUUAAAAAUGUACAAGAUUUAUAUAACUAUAGUAAAAUGUUAGACAUGAAAAUUAUUAUUGCACCCAUAUAUGCAGAAGAUAUAGAUAUAAUACCUAAAAGUUUUGAUUAUUUGUUUAAAUUAUAUAAAGAUGGAGAUGAUGAAAAAGGCGUGACAACAGAUUCUAGAGAUAAUGAUUGUCAACAAAAAGGAAAUGUGGAUACACAGGAAAGGAAUAAGACAGAAAAUGACACAACAAGACUUACCUUGUCAAAUAUCAAGCACAAUUAUAAAAACAAAAACAAUAAUAAUAAUAAUAAUAAUAAUAAUAAUAAUAACAGUCAUAAUAAUAACAGUCAUAAUAAUAAUCAUUCUUAUUAUAAUCAUGAAUUGUCCUUUUUUAACGAUGCAGAAAGUAACAAACCAAACGACAAUACAACUAACUCGAAUGAUAAAAAUUACUAUUUUUUCAAUUAUGAUAAUAAGAAAUCACUUAUUUUAAAUGAUCCAGAAAAUGAUGAAGAUAUUGAAUAUCUAAGUGAAGAAAUAAGCAUUUAUGAAGAUGAACAUAUUUAUGAUGAAGGGAAUUUAUAUAAUUCGUUUGUUAUAUAUAUAGAUAAUCCUUUUAAACGCAUUAAUAUAGAAAAUGCCCCUAUAUUAAAAGGAUAUACUUUAAAUUUAUUUAUAAAUGAUAUAAUGAAUAAACUGAUACAUAUACCUUCCACUUUUAUUAAUACACAAUCUUAUAAAAAAGGAAUGUGUGUAAUGAGUAUAUGUUAUUGUUUUAAUUAUUAUUCAUUAAAUAUAUAUACUAAUAAUAUUAUUUUGUUAAACUUCGAUAAAGAUGUUACAUUAUAUGAAGUAAUAAAAGAAUUUAAAAGUAGAGAGAACGAAUAUUUAUUAAUAAAAAAUAAAGUGAAUGAAGAAUGUCAAGAUGUUGAUAAUCUAUCAAAUAUUAAAUUACCACAUACAAUAGAUUUGAUAGACUCUAAAUAUAUACAUCUGGAAUUUCCAUUAUUAUAUAUAGAUGAACAUUCUAAUUUUUUUCAAGAUAAAAUUACAUUAAUGAAUGUGCCCGAAAAUUUAACAGUAUAUGAAUUAUGUAAAUCUAUGAAGAAUAUAUUGAAUGAAUCAUUAAUAUCAUUUAAUUUAAGUACAAUAAAUGAUAUAAAAAUAUAUACAAUAAGAGGAAGACAAUGGGAAAUGGUGUUAGAUAAUCUUUUAGUUUUUGAUUUAAAAAUUAAUUAUGAAGAUAUUUUUACUAUAUUGAUUGAUAAUAACUUUUUAACUAAAAAUUAUUAUGAAUUAUUAUCUAAUAUUAUAAUCGAUUUUAGAGAUAAUAAUAUGUAUAUUAAAAAGUUAGAUAUAUAUAUAGAUUAUAUUUUCCAACCAUAUACUAUAUAUAAUAUACCUAUAUAUAUUACUCCAAAUAAUUUAAAAUAUAUUUUAUUACAAUAUACAAAUACAUUUUUAUCUAAUUCAUUAUUAGAUGAAUUUUUUUUUACUUACAAUAAAAGACAUACAACAAUUAAUGUCCUUCCAGAAGUGAGGAACUGGGAACAUGUAGAGGAUUCAGAUGUAUAUAUUUAUGAAGAAAAUGAUAUAAAUGUUAAAAAAAAAGAACAAAAAAGAAAUAUAUCCUUUAUAUACGUACUAAAUAUGUUAAGCACCUUUUAUAAAAUUAAAUUUAACUCAAGCAAAUUGUUAGAAUCUGUAAUGGGUGAGAUACAUCAAUUAUGUGGGAAACGGUUUAAUGAAAAUCUCUGGUUAGACAUAAAAAAAUCUACAAAAAAUGAAAAAGAUAUUGAAAUAUAUUUAGAAAAUAGUUCAAAAAAAGUGUUAAUUAAAAACGUACCUUUAGAUUUAUUAGUAUGGAAACUUAUUAAUAUUAUAAUGAGAGGUUCAUUUAAUAUACCUAUAGAGGAUAAGGAGAAAUUAUAUAAUUUAUUUAUGUUAGUACCUAAAAAUAAAGACAAAAUAAAAGAUAAAAAUGUAGAUUAUUAUUUUUUAUCCACUCCUGGGUAUACUGUUGAGGAGAUGUUGAGAGUAUUUGAAAAGAAGAAGAAACCGAAAAAAAAAGGAAAAAAAAAAAAUAGUACUAAUGAUAAUAAUAAUAAUAAUAAUAAUGAUAAUAAUAAUAAUAAUGAUAAUAAUAAUGAUAAUAAUAAUGGUAAUAAUAAUGAUAAUGAUAAUUAUAAUGAUAAUUAUAAUAAUGAUAAUAAUAUCAAUAGUAAUAAUAAUUAUGGUGAUAUGAAACAAAAUUAUUAUAAGAUUCUGUUAAUUAAAGCAUACCCACAACACUUACAUGCAAUACAAAACAAUGAGAGAUUUAAUGAAUAUCUUACAUUCAAUUUAGAAUCAUUACCUUCUGUUAUCGAUGUUAAGAACCCAACAACGUACUUAAGUUUUUAUGUUAAUUAUAAAAAUGAAAAUAAAAUGACUCAUAUAAUUAAUGUACCUGAAAAUAUAUCUACAGAUAUGUUGUUAAAAACUAUUUUGUCUGAUAAUUUUAGUAGAUGGAAAAAGUUACCAAAUGAAGAAAAAAUGAAAUUCUCACUACAUUUAAAUAAAAAAGAAAUAACAAAUAUUAAAGAUUAUAUAAAUAAUGGAGAUAUUGCACAACUCAAAACAUUUAUUUUAAUAAAUAAUAAAAAAAGAAGGGUUCAAGAAAAAUAUAUUGAUUUAUAUAAUACAACUGAAUUAGGAUCGAAUGUAAAUAAUAUAUCAAAAGAAGAAUUAAAAGAAAUACAAUUAUAUGAUAAUGUAUUAAGAGAAAUAUUAAAUAAAAAUUAUAUAGAUUAUAAUAAUAUAUCUCUUAGUGGUUACAAAAUAACAGUUUAUGUGUUUGAUGGUAAUAAAUAUGAACCUUUAACAAUCUAUAACGUACCCUUAAAUAUAACAAAUAAAGAUAUAAUAAACUUUUUAUUAAUAAAAUCAAAUCAUAUUAAUAUAACGAAAUUAAUUGAUGAAUUUUUAUUACUAAACGAAAAAUUGUAUAAUACAUAUAUAGUAAAGAAUAAAAAUAAAGACAUGUUGGAAGAACAAAAUGUUCUUUUUAUAAAAAAAUUAUAUGAAGAAGAAGUAUUUCAGUUGAAUGAAUCCAAAUUUUAUUUAGUUCAUAAUCCUUUAUUUAAUUCUUUAGAUAAUUUACUUCAGAAUAUAGCUCAUAAAAAAUAUGAUUUUAAAUCUGAAAAAAUUCAUGUACAUAGUGUGGGUGAAAAAUUUGAAAUUUUGACGCUAAACAUUUUAAUAAACAAUGAAAUUAAUAAUAUGUAUAAUAACAAUGUAAAUAAUAAUAAUUUUAGUUUUGGUAAGAAAAAAUUUGUCAUCACUGUUCUGAAUAUACCUUAUAAUAUGUAUAUAACCGAAUUUUUAAGGUAUUCCAUAGGAUAUCAAAGAAAGUGGAUAUACAAAUUUGUUCUCUUUUAUAUUAUUAAAGGUAGUGAAAAAUAUAUACUAAAUGAUGGAAAUGAUAUUAUUAGACAUGGAAAAACAGUCAGCGAAAUAUUUCAGAUAUGUAAAUCUGGAGAUCUUUGUACCUUACACAUAGAUAUAAAUUUUAAUGAAGCUGAUAAUAAUUUGGAGAAUGAUACAUUUAAUGAGGAAAUUAACGCAAAAGAAAUGAAAAAUGUAAAUGUAGAUUCACACGCAGAUGUAGAUGUAGAUUUAGAUGCAAAUGUAGAUUUGGAUGCAAAUGAAGAUAUGGAGGGUAAUAUAAACAAAUUUGUAAAUAGUCUUCAUAAUGAUAAUGAAAACCGUUUUAUAGUAUUAAAAGAAUUAAGUAAGAAAAUAUAUACAGACGACUAUGAAAAUAAAAAAAUAGAUAUGUCCAUAAUAUGCUUUGAAUAUAAUGCGGGUUUAUAUGAAAGAAACCUUUUUGGCAGUUCACGAAUUUGUAAUAUUCCAAAAAAUUAUACUGUUGGAGAUGUUUUAAGAUAUAUAAAAAAUAAAAUAAUUGAAGAUACUAAUAUAAGUAUGUUGAAUGAUUUACAAUUAAAAAUAAUACAUAAGGAUAAUUAUAUCGAUAUACCAAAAGAUAUGAAUAUAGAAUAUGCAAUUAAUUAUUUGUUUAUAUAUACCCCUUUUAUAGUAUAUCCAUCAGAUGAUAUAUUAAAAUAUAAUAAUAUAAUUCAUUUAAUUUUAUAUAAUACCAUUAUAGAUAUAAAGGAAAACUCUUUUGUUAAAAAAGACAUUCCGAUAUAUGUUAAGAAAGGUAAUAUUUUUAAAAAUGUUAGUUUAAAAUAUAUACCUAUAAAUAUAAGAGAAGAUGAAUUAUUAACAUAUUUAUUACAUUAUUUAACAGAUAAUCAUGAGGUUAUUUCUUUUAUAAGAGAUAUAACAUGUAUAUGUAUUUAUCCUUUAUGUGAUUCAAUAUAUAUAUAUCAUGAAAAGAAGCAAUUAUCAUUAAUACCUUCUAUAUCUUAUCAUAUACAAUUAAAAAAUGUUUAUUAUAUAUCUACAGUAGAAACAUAUGAAAAUUUUUAUAAUAUAUUAGGUCAUAUGGAAUUAAAUUUGAAUAAGUUCUUACAUAUACAAAAUGAUGGAAAUAAUUAUAAGAAAAAAGAAGCAUAUAAUAAUAUUUAUUAUAUGAAUAAUGUGGAUGAAUUGAUACAUAUUGAUGUUAAUAUAAUAUUUCCAAGCAUUCAAAAAAUAAUACGUGUAAAGAAUUUGAAUGUAAAUAUAAAAAUAGAGGAAUUGUUGUAUAAAAUAUUUGGUUCUAUAACCAACAAAAUAUAUAAAUGGGGAGAACUUUUUAGGAAUGUUGUAGGAAAGAAAGAAAAAAUUAAUAUUAUCAAUGAUCACAUAGAGAAGAAUAGUAAUAAUAUUAAUAGUAUUAAUAAUAUGAACAGUAUUAAUAAUAUUAAUAAUUGUGAUAAUAAUGAUAGGAUAGAUAAUAAAGUGCUAAAAGAUUACUUAUGUGAAGAACAGAAUAUUAUGACAUUCAUAUUUUGUUCUCAUGAUAAUAGUAUACACGAUUAUCUCACAUCCAGAAUGAUAUACCUCCCGGCAAUCAUAAAUUAUCAAACAAAUUAUGUAACUUUCUAUAGUAGUAUAAAUGGAUUUGCUAAUAAUGAAACUACUUUUCAUGGGUUUCCCAAUUAUCUAAGUCCAGAAACAAUGUUGACCAUAUUACAAUAUAAUUUCUUUCAUGUCAUAGGAAAAAAUUAUUUGAAAUUAUAUGGAAGUUUGUAUGAUAAGGGAACUGAUGAAGAUAUAAUAUAUAAUACAAAUGAUAUAAGAAAAUCAGAAAAUAAGGACAUAUAUAAUAAAAAUUUAAUAGCUAUGAGGGGUGCUAUAAAAUUUAUAUUAAGAAUAAAAAAUAAGGGAAAAAAAAAAUCAAAAGAUACAAUACAAAAUUUAAUUAAUAAUGAAUUAAAUAUUGCAUGUGAAAAUGUAGAAAAUGAAGUUGAUAUGGAAGAAUGUAAUGACUUUCUUUCUUCUUUAAAUAAUUCAAGUAUAUUUUGGAAAAAUGGUAUAUUAGGGUUCAUGGCAAAUUCAAUAGUUACUCGUGAUAAUAUGAAUAAUAGUUUAAUAUUACCUUAUGUAGAUUUUGAAAUAAAUGAGAAAAUGUUUUUACAAAAUAUUUUAUAUCAUAUAAAUAUUUCUCCAUAUUUAUAUAAAUUAUUUGAGUUAACUCAUAUUGAUAAAAAAUGUAAUACUUAUAAAAAAAAAUUAAAAAAUAGUGUUGCACAUAUUCAAUGUUUAUUGUCAUAUGGAUUUAGUAUAUAUUUUGAUUUACAUUAUGAUAGUACAUUUGAUAAAUACAAAGGUUUUACAUUAGGAGAUAAUUCUUUUGAUAUAACACAAAUACAUUCAUUUCAAAAUCUUCAUGAACAAAAUUUUGUAGAUUUAAUUUUAUAUAAUCAUGAUAAUACAUUUAUUACAAUCAAAAACGUAUAUAGAGAUAUGACAGUAGCAACAUUCUUAAAUGACUUAUCAAAAACAAGAUGUCAUAUACUAGGAUUAACAUAUAAUCAAAUUUCUACAUAUUACAAAUUAAUCUAUGAGAUAUAUAAUGAAACACAUGACAUUUCACCAAAUUUGUCUAUUGCAGAUGUACAUAAUAUUGUGAUAAGUUUUUCUAAAUCUAACAUAUUAUUAAAAAUAAGGAAAAUUGAUAUCACCAACCAUAUCUCACAUAAUAAUAAUAAUAAUAAUAAUAAUAAUGAUAGUGAUUUUAUUAUUAAUAGUGAUAGUAUUGACUAUAUUAAUGCUUUACCAGAUUUAUAUUUAAGCCCAUAUCCUCCAGUUAUUGAUCUGAGUCAAAAUAAUUUUCAAGUUAAUAUAUAUAUGCACUCUAAAUUUAUACCAAAUGAUUAUUCCUUAAGAAAAGAUAUUGUACCACAUAUUACUAUUAAUAAUGUACCAUCAAAUGUUUUUAUUUUAUCAUUAAAGGAACUAUUAAAAACAAUAUUUAUACAACAUAUGGAAAAAUCUCAAACUACUACAUUUCAGUUAAAUUUAUAUGACUUUGAGGUCGAAUUCUUUAUUCUUACUUUUAAUCGUUUUACUAGUAAAUUUCAUAAAAUGAAUUCUAAUGUUUUAAGUAAUUUAACUAUCUCUAACUUUUAUAGUACUUAUAUUCAAGGAGGGUUAUUUCUAAAUAUCGAUAAAAUUAAAAUUGAUAUACCAAAUCUAUUGAAUGAUUUUAUUGAUCAUUUCUCAAGGGUCGUAAUAGACUUUUCUCAUCACAACAUAGUCAAACAGUAA